AUGGCUGAUAAGAAAUGGGCGCCGGCUGGAAAGUUGAGUCCUGCGGGAAGCACGGUUGCGAGUUGUCUCAAAGAGGUGGUACCCAGGCCUGUUACUCCGACUGUUGUACGAAAGUUUCGAAAUACAACAGAUCCAGCUCCUGGUGCUAAAGUAAUAUUCUAUGGUGCAGCAGACGAUCCAGAUGUUGCAACUCACUUGACACAUGGCAUAAAGUCAAACUCCAAACUCACUGUAGCUUCAUUGAUAAGUCCAGUUGCUAAGAGUGAAUUUCAAGAAAAGAUGCAAGACAGGAAAGAAGCAAUUUACUCCAGUAAACGUGAAGCACCUUUGGGUAGAUCACAUGAUCAAUCUUCUAAGUUACCUGAGGGCUUGGAUAUAAUCAAUACUACAUUUGGAAUAAAAGUCUUCAAAGAUUUAACAGCUGGAGAGCUUCUAAAUCCACCAAAAACUUUUGAGGAAGUGGAUAAAGAAGCGAGAGAAGGACAUAAUUUGUAUGUUCUGUCACAUGAGGAUUAUUAUGCGGGGGAACCAAUCAACAGGAAGUAUAACUCACACUUCGACAAGUCUUUUGUUUAUGGAAUGGAAACCCCUCACUAUGAAGAUGGGCGAAAUACAGCCAAGACCUUAAACUGGGUCUUGGACCUGGAUUCGAAGAGAGCACCACACCUUGUGUCAAAAAGAAGCGAUGAUUUCAAGGAAAAAUUCCAGCCUCUGGUUGGAAAAACUUUUGAUCCUAUAGCAGAAACUAUGAAUGUUCCCCCAGACCAUACCUUUGGAUUGAUGAUCCCUCCAGAUGAAUAUGAUGUUCAUGAUCUUCUUCAUGACCGGGUUCCAUGUGAGUUCCUACGUGGGAAGGGCAGAGAAAGAGUUAUCUUGAUUGCAGUUCGGCAAAGUCUGAAGAAAGCUAACUAUGAGAAUUUUGAUGUGUUACUAGAAGCAUUAAGACAUUUUGAUAAGAAUGGUGAUGGAAUCAUACACAAGGACAACCUACGAAGGAUCUUUUUUCAGCUGAAUGUGAAUCUAGAUGAUGGGCUCCUGGAUUCCUUAUUUGACUGCUGUGAUUUGGAUAAGGAUGGUCUGAUUAAUUACCAGGACUUUGCAAACUUUCUGAACUGGAAAGAUAAAAUGGGUGUUAAAGAGUUUGAAGAAAAAAUAAUUACAAAAGGGAAAAAAUUAGAUGCCUGUCUUCACAAAGACACAAAGAAAGAGGAUGAGCCACUACCAGAACAGGAAGAUCUCAAGUUAAAAGAAUCAGGAAGCUCAGAAAAAAUGCCAAAACCACUUAGAAGAUCAACAGACCGUGUAUAUACAAAUUAUCAAACAACAUCUUCUCAGUAUAAUGCUGUCGUAGGUGGUAUCCCAACAUCCUGUUAUCCAUUGUGUGGUGUUCCAACUGUUCGUUCGGAUAUUCCUGCUCCUCGAAUUCGCCGCCUCAGUGACACAACUAAUUAUGGUGACCAGGGCAAUGGUUUUACAGUAUUGUUCCCUUCUGUCUUCAGUCAAAAGGGAGUGUAUGAAAAAGAUCUUUUAAAAAACAGACCAAAAGCAGAGAUUAAACAAAUUCUCCACAAUAUGGGCAUGAAUGUUGCAGAUGAAAGGUUUGAAGAAAUAUGGAAGCAAGUGUGUACAAAACAUGAGAUAAAAGAGCUUUGUGAUUGUGAAGAAAGUAUGUGGAAUAUACUGAAUAAGAUACAUGAAUCACGCAUAGAAUUCUAG